AUGAAGCUGCUCGUUUCCCUCGUCCUGCUUCGGACGGCUCUGCUCGCUUCAACAGAGGGGCUUGUAGCUGCUUUACGAGAGGCAGAGGAUGCUGAAGCAGGAAAAGGUCCUGACACGUGUCCUAUUAAGCUGAAAACCAACGGGAAAUGCGAUGAAGGAGAGGACUGUCCGUAUCAGAUAAACCUGCCUCCUAUGACCAUCCAGCUCCCCAAGCAAUUCAGGCUGAUCGAGAAGACUCUCAAAGAAGUCCAGACCCUUAAAGAAGCGGUAAACAAGCUGAGGAAAUGUUGCCAGGAUUGCAAGCUGCAGGCAGAUGACAACCAACAAAGAGACAGUAGCAACGAAUUCCUGCCACCUAAUGCAGAAACUCCACUGGUAAACAGUGACAUCCAAGAUAACAGAGUGAAGGAGCUGCAAAGCAAAGUCAACAAGAUGUCCACCAGCCUGAAAAAUGCAAGGGCUCAGAUUCAGACGCUGCAGGGUCGCCUGGAGAAGAUGAGCCUCAUCAACAUGAACAACGUGGAACACUAUGUGGACAGCAAAGUYGCCAAUUUGACGUUUGCCGUGAACAACCUGGACAGCAAAUGCUCUUCCAACUGCCCAGCAAGACAACCAAGCCCUGUUAUACAAAUCAUGCAGCGAGACUGCGCCGACUAUUACACAGCGGGCAGAAGAAACAACGGGAUCUACCGAGUGACGCCGGACCCCAGGAACCAGAGCUUCGACGUGUACUGCGACAUGGAGGCGCUGGGCGGCGGCUGGACGCUGCUGCAGCGGCGCCAGGACGGCAGCACCAGCUUCAACAGGACGUGGAGCGACUACAAGAGCGGUUUCGGCAACCUCAGCAGGGAGUUCUGGCUGGGCAACGACAAGAUCCACCUGCUGACCAAGACCCAGGAGAUGCAGCUGCGGAUCGAGCUGGARGAUUUCAACGGCAUCAGGGAAUACGCCAAGUACGAGCACUUCUACGUGGCCAACGAGUACCUGAAGUACCGGCUGAGCGUGCACGGCUACAGCGGCACGGCGGGCGAUGCCCUCCACUACAGCAAGCGCUACAACCACGACCAGAAGUUCUUCACGACGCCGGACAAGGACAACGACCGAUACGCCUCGGGCAACUGCGGGGCCUACUACAGCUCGGGCUGGUGGUUCGACGCGUGCUUGUCGGCCAACCUCAACGGCAAGUACUACCACGAGAAGUACAAAGGCGUUCGCAACGGCAUCUUCUGGGGCACGUGGCACGGCAUGGCCGACGAUAUUCCCAGUGGUUAUCGGCAGCCCUUUAAAUCCGUGAGAAUCAUGAUCAGACCCAAAAGUUUCAUGCCGUAGGGCCGGGCCAUCCUCUUAAGUGGUCUGCAAUGGAUUGCACUCAAUUUUGCACUUACUCAGUAUUAUAGGCAGAGUUCAAAUAUUCAGUUAGGCUUGGCGCAAAAUAGUUCUACACAAAAUAACGUGUUUCCACUUAAAUUUUUAGAGACUGAUUGCCCCACAUAAGGUAUUAAAGACAGAUUAAUGAUUCUGAAUAGUUAUUGCUAAAACUUGGCAUAGGUUAAGUCUUGGUAUUGCUAUGUAAAUAUCCUGAAUAUUGCAUUGGUGCUUUCACUGUCUGUGGUAAACGAGCUUUUAUAAUUGUAAAGUUUUAAACAGUGUCCUAUGUAUCUGAAUUAACACUUGUGUUUUUACUUGAAAAUAACUCAAAAGCACAUCUGAUAACAUACAUCUGGUAGGCACUUAGAAUAAAAUUCAGUAUCUCUUGAGAUGGCCCUACUUUUUGCAAUAUCUGUACUUCACAAUUUUAAGUGUAUGCCAUGGCAUAAGUGUGACUUAGGAAGCACUGUGUAUUAUUUUUAAAAGAAUUAGGGAGCAUAAGACCAUGUCGUUUGCCCAGAGAUGUAAAGGAAGCCUUGAGGAAAAAGUAGAAAAUGAAGAUGAUUCCCUUUGCCAAAACAAGUUGGUGAAAGAACUGAAGGGCAAGUGGAAAUAGUGUGAGGAGCAUGUAAAGAAAAAAGACUCUUUUUGGUCCUGUCAACUUCUCUGCUGAGGCCCAAGGUCCUAUUCCUUCUGUGUGGAGGAAAGGAAAGGCUGUGUUAUCUUACCACCCACUUACAGGGCUAGACACACCAGGAGGAAGCAGCAGCAGCCAGGAUGCAAGUUGAUACGAUAAUGCCUCUAAAUACACAGAGAGAUUUCCAGAAACAUUUUGCUUUCCUUCAAAUCAUUGUGUUUUCUUCCAAAUCUUUUAAGCUAGACAAAUGUUACARGGUAACUUUUGUAGAUGAUCAAGCUCUCUCUCAGAAACUGUUGACUAUAGGUACCAUAGUAUCUUAAAUUAUUUAUAUGAUUAUGAGAAAGUGUAAAAUUAGAACAUUAUCUUUCCCCAAAUCCUGAGUAGCCCAUUUUAAAGUCACAGCAUCAUGAAAACCCAGUGGCAACAAUACACAGGGAAGAGACUGGGUGAAGUACCUUUUUAUUCUAAAAUACAACAGAUGAAAAAUGAUCACAUGGUCAAACAUUUCAGGGUGGACAAACCAAAGAUACUAUCAUUACACCUCUUAUUGUAGGUAGCAAGCAUAAAUUUGCCCACAUCAAUCUCUAGCCUGUAUUUAAUUACAUUGCAAGUACAGUUGUAAACAUUCUGAGACAAGAUGCAGCUUAUAUUAGCAAUGAGGUACAUACCAACCUCGAUACCAACCUAUAGAGAAGGCUUUAAACUCCUAGGGCUGUAUUUCACUACCAGUAAAAGUGUGGUCUUUGCUGUUUAUUUAAUUAUUAUURAAGAAACUGUUUAUUAAUGAUGUUAGGCAAGCGAGUGAUGCAAAGCACUUGUAAGCACUUACAAAUUUACAAAUAUGACCUUUUUUUGCUUUUUAACAUGAUAACUAAAACAAGUUAUGUAAAACGAGCAACAAUGACUAAAUUGUAAAAUAGUAAUAUAUAUUUUAAGGGAGUAAAUACUUUGAAGGAUAUUUCAGUGUGAAGUGUGAUUUGGUUUACUAUGUUUCAUUUAUUAAAGAUUAAUGGAAGAUUUUAACUUCGAAGUGUAUAAUCUAUGCUUGAGAAUCUAUGCUAUGUUUUGGAGUUUUACAAUAUUUAUUUUGGGAUUAACAACAAUUGWCUAAACUGAGAAAAAAAAACACAUAUGAAGUACAGCAAAUAUGAUUGUAUUCAAACAUUGGCAUGAGAUGCACAAAUUGCUACUAGUCAUUAUAGGGUAAUUAGCCAAGUACGACAGCUAUAGUAUCUACAAGCUUCUACUUGAAAAUGUCUUCUUCCUGCUAAGUUGUUGAAAUAAUAACUKUUAUGUUCCAUAUAUCUUUGUAUCUUGUGUAAAGGAAAUUUUGUAAAAGGGGAAUUCUAACAGAAUAAGCAAUGUGACUAAUAUCACCUCCAAAAGCCUUGACUAAUCUCUUAAAAUGGGAAGAAAAAGGCAGUGAAUGUUGUUACAUGAAGCUGAAUACUGCCUACCUGGAACUGUUGUAGCU